GAACACAGGAUGGGAUACACAGAAUAAAAAGCGUCUGAAAAACACUGUAUUAAAUGGUACUAUUGCAGCUCUGCCCUCCCUGGGAAAAAGACAGUAGGGAAAGAGUGGGGUCCCGUUUAUACCAGGCUUCCUGCCUUGGGGGAUGUAAAAGCCAGAAGAAAAGCUGACACCACUAGAAUGCUGCUUGUUUAGAUUUCAGAUGCGUUCCAUUCCACGCCUCUCUUAAGACCAGUUGGCUGCCCUGUGUUCAGAGCCUGGACCUUGUCUCCUGAAUUUUCUGGAGGCAGAAAUGUUGCUGGAUUCUUUCAUGUGUUGGGGUGUAGGCAGCACAGCCUCUUUUAGAGUCUGUGGACACUUUGAACUGUGCUCUUGUGAGCCAGUGCCAGAGGAAUGGCAUUUCUGGGGCUGGUAAACUUGGGAGAAACUUUUUGAUGUCCUUACGAAAGCAGCAUUUUGCUCUGAAGUCAGAGAGGGUGUGCUCUAGUAAAAGCAGUGAGCACAGAACUGCUUUGACCACAUGCACCAGGCCUCGAGGAGACAUCCACCAGCCAGUCACCCCCUAGGCAUUCUGUUUUGCUUAUGGUGGACCCGAGAAGGUGAAGAGAGGGAAGAACUCUGUUGGCAAUACUGCGAAACCCUCAUUGAUAAGGAAACCUGUGUGGGUACCAACAAUCAGAGCUACAUCUGUGACACAGGACACUGCUGUGGACAGUCUCAGUGCUGCAACUACUACUAUGAACUCUGGUGGUUCUGGCUGGUGUGGACCAUCAUCAUUAUCCUGAGCUGCUGCUGCGUCUGCCACCACCGCCGAGCCAAGCACCGCCUUCAGGCCCAGCAGCGGCAACAUGAAAUCAACCUGAUCGCCUACCGGGAAGCCCACAAUUACUCAGCGCUGCCAUUUUAUUUCAGGUUUUUGCCAAACUAUUUACUACCUCCUUAUGAGGAAGUGGUGAAUCGACCUCCAACUCCUCCCCCACCGUACAGUGCCUUCCAGCUACAGCAGCAGCUGCCCGCACAGUGUGGCCCUGCAGGCAGCAGCCCCCCAGGCACCGAGCCUGCCAGGGGCUCCCAGGGGGUGCAGAGCAGCCCUCUGUCUGGGCCCAGCAGGAGCAGCACGAGGCCCCCGAGCAUUGCUGACCCUGAGCCCUCCGACGUGCCAGCCAACACAGCAGCCACCAAAGCCCCUGGAAUGGAGCCCAGUGGUUCUGUGGCCGGCCUGGGGGAGCUGGACCCUGGGGCCUUCCUGGACAAGGAUUCCGAAUGUAAGGAGGAGCUACUGAAAGAUUACAGCUCCGAGCCAGGCAGCAUCCCCUCCGACAGCAAAGACAAGACCCCUGGCAGACAUCGCCGCUUUACUGGCGACUCGGGCAUUGAGGUGUGUGUGUGCAACCGGGGCCACGGUGAUGAUGACCUCAAGGAGUUCAGUGCUCUCAUCGAUGACUCUCUGGACGGGCCCCUGGACUUCUGCGACAGCUGCCAUGUGCAGUCCCCUGGUGACGAGGAGGAAGGGCUCUGCCAGCCCUCCGAGGAGCAGGCCCGAGAGCCUGGGCACCACCAUCUGCCUCGGCUGCCCGCAUGCCUGCUGCUGAAUACCAUCAAUGAGCAGGACUCCCCAAACUCCCAGAGCAGCAGCUCCCCCAGCUAGAGCAGGCCCGGCGUGCACUGGAGAACUUGGCAAAGCAACCAGGGUAGGGGAGCCACGAGAGAAGCAUUAAAUGACUUUGGGAGAAAGUGGUACAGCCACUUCUUUUUUUUCCCCCCCCUCCGCUCCUGCAUCAUCCUACAUCUCCAGGUACAGUUUGGGGUGUCAGUGCCUCUCCCCCAGAGAAGCAUAGUGUUGUCGAGGACUGUGAAGUGGGUUGGUUCUGUUGACCCAUUCCUCAUACCUACCCGUCCCUAUUUUCUCUUUUCCAGUCAUAGCCACACUUCCUGUUUGGGUCCGAGAGAUGUAGGUUUUGAAGCUCCCAAGGAAGGGGGCUGAGACUGUACCCUGAGGUGGCUCUUGGUGAAGGAGUGGAUUUUUGCUCUGGUGUUAGUUUAAGAGAACCUAGCUGUGUGUGUCUCAGUUCAGGAGAGGUGGUAAGUCUCAGCUCUGGAUGAAGAAGGAAGCUUUCAGGGACCCAGAGAUUGUCACCCCUCAUUGCCAAUGUCCGCAGAGCUGGAUUUGGGCCAGUGGCAGGGUGAGAGCUGACAGGCAGCGUCUGGUGGAGUGGUAGGGGGCUUACUGCUUUCUUCAGCUCCAGGUGACAAGACGGAUGGAUGCACCACUGUACAUCCUUGGGCCCCUCCCGGCAGCUUCUGGCUGGCUGCAGACUGGUUCCAUGUGGAAGAUUAUACUGACUUCCCUUUGGUUUUUCUUUUAAAAAAAUAAUAAAAGUGAGCUGACAACAGGAAUUUUACUAGGGGGCAGGCAAGAAUCCUAUUCUGGAAAAGGGAAGUUUGUGGCUCUUUCCCAAGUUGGCCUUCAAAGAGCCUGGCUACAGUUGAGCCAGAAGAUGUUUUGUGUGCAGCCUGAGGUAGGGGCUGUUUUAGAACUUCUCUGAGUGCACAGGAGGCCCUCCGCCGUGGCAGUAGGCAGUGAUGCAGCCUUCCGCAUCUCUGCCCGAUGGCCUGUGCCCGCAGAUGAGCAGGGCCCUCCCCUACCCCAGGCACUCAGUCUGCAGGCCUCCAUGUCUCACUGUCCUGUGUGGGUCCUGAGAAAAGGUAGCCCCGUAGCUUGGCCCUCAAACAGAAUUUUCUAAGUUGUUUUUUUUUUUUCCUUUUAAAUGACCACUUGGAAAAAAUGCCUUGGUUAUCUGUGGUUUUCCUGCUCUUUCUCUGCACACACGCACACACAUACGCACACGCACACACACACACAUCCCCCUUUUGAGUGGGGUAACUAAUUUUUGUGGCCUAUGUAAAGAGCCCAGGUAGGAGGAUGAAGGCAGCCAUCCAGAAAGACCACAGGAUCCUUAUUACUGUAGUUUGGCUUCAGAUAACCAGUUGAGCUUUGAUAGGAAUAACCUGAAUGGAGAAAGCAAACAGCCCAAACUAACAUUCCCUGUCCAGCCCUGAUCAUAUGAAGAGUUUGUUUCCUCUCCCACUCUUGAACGAUGAUAUUCAGACUAGGCAUUGAUGUUACGGUAAGGAAAACAAGCAAAAUAUAUGUAUGUACAAAAAGAGACAAAUUCAAGGCUGUGAGGUGAAUGAGUGUCUGCGUUUGAAAUCCACAAAGCCAAAAUCCAUGUUGAACAAAGUGGAGUCCAUAUACAGUGACUUCUGGGAUAACCUGUGUGUCUCUGUCUGUUGCGUGUGAGCCCCCAGCCCCAUUUUCCUGUGAAUAUACUUUGAAUGGCAGCCAUUCUGCUUGCAUUAACCAUGUGUCUGGAGCAGAUAGCGCCCUCUCAAGGUAAUUUAUUUUACACAUGUACUGUUUACUGAGCAGUGUCUGACUGUGUACCCAGGUGCGUUCAGCGGCACUGUUGCUGACAGUCCCCUGAGUCUGCCACAGACACCAUGCUCGGAGUAGAGGUUCUACUCUACCCGUCACUGCAAUUUGCACAUUGCUCCGUGGACACUUGGAGGCCUGUGUUCUGUUGCCUGUAAAUGGAAACAUGCUCCGAACCUGUCUGCCUUCCUCAGCUGCUCCUGGCCUUUGGUAUUAUCCCCUGGCGGGUGUCCACAACCACUUGGGAUAGAAGGCAAAGGUGGAACUUCAGAUCGAAGUUUGGUUGGAUCUUCAGUGACAAGCUUGGCUGCGCUGUGGCCCAGACACUGGCCCUGCCUCAAAUUGCCUGGAGGGUUUGGUGUGCACCACAGUGCCAUAGGGCUCAUCUUCUCUACCAAGGUCCAGUACAUGCAAGCAAGCCAGGGUGUCAUGGGAGUAGGUAGGAGUGCAUCAGCAGCCUUCAGAUGCCUUUCCUUCCACCUUUUAAAAAAAGACAAGCAAUCCCAAACAACUCACUGAAGUGUCUCAAAGAAGAGCAAGUUUUACCAAAACAAAUCCUUCUUCAGUUAACUGAUCAAAUGGAUGAAUCCUGGCCCUCCCAAGUUUCCUUCCCAAGUUCCAGUGGGGAACUGGUCUGAGUAUUAACUGUUGGGUUCCCUGCAGCGUCCUACCCUAAAGACACAGAAGAAGAAAACACAGCGGGCAGAGCUGGGCUUGAUUCCAGCAGUCACUGCCUGGCCCCUGCUCCAAGAGACUACCUGGCGAGGAGAGAGAUGGAUAUGGGAGUGGAAGGACUAGUUAGGGGGCCAGGGAUUGUUGACUGAGUCUGGUUUUCCAGGUGAAGGAGGAAGGAAGGGGUUAGUCAAGGGUUUGGUGCUACAGUCGGAAGAUUUGCAAAUGCUAACACAUUCCUAUGUGAGGCACAUCACCAUUUGUCAGUUAUUGUGAAUACGUGUAUUUUAAGCAAUAAGAUCCAGCUGGUCAGACUUCUGGGCAGUCUCAGUGAUGCAUUUCCUGUGCUGUGAUCGUUCUGAAGACAGAGUGGCUCUAACCACUGUGAGAAGCCGAAAUAAAAUCGAUCCCAAAAAUUC